CAACGAAGAAACGAGUAUACUAGAGUAUGCUCGAACUUGUUUGUUUAUGAAAACAUGAGUUAAUGAGGAAGGAAUCCAUACAGGCUUUUUUUAAUUCACAAACUUUUUUGUCUGAAGGCUAUUCAAAUUUUUCAAACUGGCAUCGCUGCACGGUACAGCAAUAUGUGAAUCAACCCUAAAAGUUUUACAUUUCCUGGCAUCUGUUUGUUGGUUUGUUUACAUGAGAUUUCCAAAUUCCAAAAUAUAAUCGUUUUGUGCUGUCCUAGAUCGGUCCAUCGUAUUUUAAAAUAAAAUCAAAGCUGUUUUAUUUAAGUUGAAAAUAUAUUUAACUAAAAAAAGGUUAAUUACUUAUUAAUAAAAAUGUCCUUUAGUGCGGAAACAUUAAGUAUUGAAGAAGAUCCUGAAUUUCUAGAUGAAUAUUCAUCACACGCAGUACCAUGUCCCCCAUCGGCGUUGAUUGCCAGGGACAAAUUCUGUCGAUUGUGCCUAAAAAAAUCUAGCACAUUUCUGCUUCCGCUAAUAGCGAAACUCGAACUUGUAAGCGUCAUGGAAAUGCUAGUUGAUGUGACCGGAAUCGAGAUCGAAGUGAAUCCACUGUAUCCAACGAAAGUGUGCUCAAACUGCAUGACGAAGUUGGACUAUGCCUACUCAGUACGACAGGAAUUCUUGAACAGCUCGGAACUGCUGUUGAAAUUAGCCGUUGAAAAUCGACUUCCGGCUUAUUAUGCUCAAUUUGACGACGAAGUUUCGCUUGAUCCGGGUUUCAGGGAUGAAAUAGCAUUAUCCAAUCAUGGAAAUGAAAAUGAUAAACAAGAAAAUUUGACGCUUUCUACAAGUAGAGACGAGCUAACCGAAAAUGGAGAGGAAUUGACGGUGUUGGAUCGUCAAGUUAGUUUAGAAACAAUCACAGAAAUUAGGGAUAAAGAACACUGCAGCGCAUCGGAAAAUAUUGCUCAGGAAAUAGAAAACGAAAAAUUUGUUUACUCAUGGAAGGAAUUAAUAAAACCGAAACGAAAGAAAAAAGAUAAACCGAAAAAUCCACUGACUGGAAUAAAACGUAAAGCGAAAGCGGAUGCUAAGUUACUUGAUCAAUUUCCGCAGACUACCUGCUACAUUUGCGACACGGCACAUCAGACAUUACAGCAACGGGAUGAACAUCUUAACAGUCACAUUGGAAUGGUUCCCCAUAGAUGUGAAACUUGCAGUACGGAAGCAGAGCCAGUUAUUUCGAAAAGUGUGGUGACAUUAAAUCGGCAUCGGUUGAUGCACCGUUUACCUCACAAAUGCGAGUUCUGCUACCGGCGGUUUAUCUCCAGUGGCAGCCAGUACACACACGUUUGGAGUAUGCAUAUGGGCGACACUGAAGUCCUGACCUGCGAUUACUGUGGCAAAGGAUUUAAUCAAAAGCGCUCCUUCCAGGCACACGUCCGUCGACACCGGUACAAAGCGAAUGGGAAAUAUAAGUGCAACGUCUGUGAGGAAACGUGCGGUUCGAGUUUGCUUCUGAUCCGACAUAAACGUAAACAUACUGGGGAGAAAAAUUUCUCUUGUCCCUACUGUUCCAAAUCGUUCAGCAGGGCGUGCAAUCUUCUGACACACAAGCGAAUCCACACCGACGAGCGGUGCCACAAGUGUCCGGACUGUGAAUCUACCUUUCGAAAUAUUGUUACCCUGCGAAAGCACCGGGAACGGUUUCAUCAAGGUAAAAAUCCCACCUCGAAGAUCGAUCGGAAUCCGUAUGUGACCCUGGCAGAUGGCCGGAAGCAAUUUAUUUGCAAGUACGACGGAUGUUCGUACACGGCUUAUAGCAGCACGUCUAUUUCACGUCACAAAGCGCGCCACUCGAAACGGUACGCGUGUGGAGAAUGUGGCAAAAGGUUUGCAGAACCGAAUCUCGUUCGUCGACAUCAGGAUUCGAUGCAUAAUGAGAAACUGGCGGACAAAGCUUCGAAGCAAAUGAUGGCGAUCCAGCCCGUAUCGGAGAUUCAGGUAAUCGAAAAACCUCUGAAGCUCGAACCGGACUAUGAAGUGGAGAUUGUAGACGAAAUCGGGGAAACGGUGGAAGUUAUUUACACACAAACGUAAAAUAAAAAUGAAUAUGGCACAGUGAA